ACUCCAACGGUCCAAUCCAAAACCAUCCAUUUUAAAUUUCCUUAAAGCUCCCUCCAUUACUCUGAAAACUAGCCGUUACUAACCGAGAAGCUAAAGAAUCAUCAUCUCCACCAAAACCCCUCUCUCCCCUUAAAUAUUUUCGCCGACUUUCCAUUUCUGAUACACACUUGGAUCUCUCAAAUUUCUCUCCCUCUGCAUCUGAAUUCUUCACCCAAUUCCAUUUCCAUGGCGCUGCCGUCCAACAGGUCGUCUUCUCCGGCCAUGCUCUCCGGAAGAACAAGCCCUAAUUCUAGAAAUUCUGAAAUCAGCAACCCCGUCCGCCGGAGCUUCUCUGGUAACCCCUUUUCAAAGCCAUCGAUCGUUGCCAAUCCGAGGGGCUUAAACCCUAUCACUCCGGCGAAUAGUCCCUCUGAUUAUCCAAGAAGGAACUCUGUGAGCAGAGAAAAUUCAUUUACUUCUCGCAACAUCCAGGAGAAAGAAAAUGAAAAGGAUCAGAGUCCGAAACCCGUCCGAGUUCGUUCGCCGAUGGUCGGAAAAUCAUCGAAGCAUUUCAUGUCUCCUACAAUUUCCGCUGCCUCCAAGAUUGCUGCAUCUCCAAAGAAAAAGAUUCUGGGCGAUCAGAAUGAGCCAGUACGGUCCUCUAAUUCAUUUUCCGGCAUGAAGAGCUCUUCACUCAACUCAGUGAAUCAAAGUUCCCAAUCAUCAAAGACACUUGAAUCCGAUACCAACCCUCAAAUUCCUCCUGUUUCAAGUUCUAAAUCAACAAAAACAGUGAGAUUUGGUGGUUUUGAGGUCAUUUCUGAUUCGCAUGACGAUUCAGAAACCACUUACCGAUAUGACUUGAACCCGGAGGUGGUGGCAACAAUGGCGGUCGAAGCCGAUAUGAAGUCCGAAAUGGCCCCGGUUUCAAAAUCUGCCUCUGCAGUAGCACCUCUUGAAUCAUCUAAUUCUGAUUUUGAGGUAAUCUCGAUCUCGAACAAGGAUUUAGACUCUCCUCCAGCUAGGAGUAAUUUAAUUGAAGAUGUGGAUUGUGUUAAUCUUGACCCAAGUUUUAAGAUCAGUCCAAUUUCUUCUCCAAUGAUAGCACCUCUCGAUGAUGAUCCAUCAAUCCCUCCUUAUGAUCCAAAAACUAAUUAUCUAUCUCCAAGGCCGCAGUUCCUCCAUUACCGACCAAACCGAAGAAUCAAUCGAUACGAACCAGAAGGCAGACUUGAGGAAAAGCUCUUUUCCUUUGCCAAUGUUUCCCAGUCCGAGUCCAUGGAGGAAACUGACUCUGAAGAUUCACCAAAGGAAUCUGAUGAAGCUUCUUCCAAUGAAUCGGAGAUGGAAGAAGAAGAACAGGAAGAGGAGGAGAUUAAUGUGUCUGAACAAAGCCCCACAGAAAUGAAACAGUCAUCGAAGCUGCACUUUUCAAGUAUAUUCAAGACCAGUUCUUUGCUUUUGAUUCUGUUUACUGCUUGCUUUUCAAUUUGUGUAGUGAAUGUCCAUGAUCCAAAUAUCUUCCAAAGACCAAGCUCGUUAACAAUGGAGGAUGAAUCUGAAAUUUUCGGGUUUGCAAAAACAAAUUUCAAUGUGUUGGUUGGGAAACUUGAGGUUUGGCAUGUGAAAUCCAUCUCUUUUAUUUCUGAUGUGGUUUUCAAUUUCAGAGGAGGGCUGCCAUUAAUUCAUUAUGAGAACCAGACUGAGUUCUUCAAUGAAUAUUUCAACAUGAAUGAGCAGUGUCUUGUAUUAUCUCAUCAGACUGUGUGGGAAGAAGAAAACAAUUUGAAUGUAAUUGAAGCAAUGAAGGAUAGAGAAAUUGACAUUUUUGAAGAACCUAUUGAGAAAGAAUGUCAGAAUAAAGAAGAAGAACAAGAAGCAGAAGAAUUACCACGAGAAAUUGGCAUUGAAACUGAUGAAAGAGAAUCUGAGAUCGUAGAAGAAGAAGAAUUGUUUCAAGAGAUUGAAGCCAUGAAGGUGAGAGAAGAACAAGAACAGGAACAAGAAGAUGUGUUGCAAGAGAUUGAAGCCAUCAAGAUGAGAGAAAUUUUCGUGGAAAAUGUUGAAAGAGAAUCUCAAAAUGAAGAAGAGCUAGAAGACGUAUCAUUUCAAGAAACAGAAGCCAAUGCCAAUGAAGAAGAGAAUGAUGAGGCUUUUCAAGAAUCAUUACAAGAAACCAUUGAAGAGUCAGAAAAUUCAGCUUCUGAUAAACUAACUGAAGAAGAAUAUGUCCAAGAGAAACCUGAGGAGAAUUUCAAAUUUUCUUCGUUGUCUGAUUUGAAAUUUCAUGAUCAAAUAGAACAAGCAGCAGCAGCAGCAACAGGGGAAACAGAGGAAGAAAAGAACACAGAAUUUCAGUACCAGUUACCUCCAGUUUCUCCUCCAGCUGCUGAACAUCAAUCUGAUUUUGAAGAAAAAAAUGGUGGCAAAAUCAUCGAUCUCAUCAGAACAAAAAACGGAAUCUCUCAGGAUUUCACACAGAACACAGCUAUUAUAAUAUCAGCUAUUCUGCUGGGUACUCUUAUUAUAGGACUGAUUUAUGCCAGACAAUCAGGCUCAAAACCAUCAUCAUCCAUGGCGGCCAUUGCUGAAGAGGAAGAGGAGAAGCAGCCAUUGGUGAAAGAGGAGAAGAUGAAUCAGAGUCUGGUGGAAGAAGAAGAAGUAGUAGAAGAAGAAGGACAUGAAGAAGAAGAUGAUAUGGGUGGAGAAUUUUGCUCUUCUGAAACGAGUAGUUUCCAAUACAGCAGCAUGAGAGAAGAAGAUACAAAAGCAGGGAAGAGAUCGAGUGAAGUUCAAAGCCAUAGCCAUGGGAGGAAGAAGAUGAGGAAGAAUUCAAGAAGAGAAUCAAUGGCUUCUUCUUCUCUAGAUGAAUAUUCAGUGUCCACUUCGGCUUCUCCAUCUUAUGGGAGUUUCACAACCUAUGAGAAGAUCCCAAUCAAGCAUGGAAAAGGGGAUGACGAGAUUGUGACUCCAGUCAGACGCUCUACUAGAAUUAGAAAGCAACACAACAAUAGUUGAAUUAUGUGAAGUGAAUGUGCUUAUUUGUUGAAAUUUAGAAUAUUUGGUGCAUGUAAUUAAUCGAGUUCAGUGCUAUUUAGAAUAAUAGAGCUAGAGAGCAAGGCAACCAUAGUUGCUAUUCAUGUGUUUUGACUGUCUCUUUGUUGGACUUGGAGAGUAUUUUGUGCAUAUAUUGCACUUUCCAUUAUCUAUUUUCAUUCUAACAAACUCCACAAAAAUUUUUAGAUACACUCUAAUGACAAAAAAACAUGAGAACAAAGAUUUAUUCGAAAAUCUUUUUCACCUUCCUUCUUUUGCUUUCAUUGUUCUUUGUUGAACUCCUUCAUCAUAGUGUGCCCACAACUUCUUAAAGGUUUCAGCACACAAAUAGGAUGAUAGUGGGAUCCCUUCCCUGGUAAUAGAAAUAUUCUGUCCAAGGUUAUCUAGUGCAACAAUCACGUUGACUCCUAUAAAUUGGAAUGUUCUUACUAGCUCCAUCGACGAACAACAACCUGAACAACUUGGGACAACAGAUUUAUGAAAGUCAACCAGGUGAUCUUAUUCGAUCUCAUCCUUGUUUGUCUUAUUCUAUUUGAUGAAUUUUCUUGCUUUUUUUUUUUUUUUUAAGAGUUUACCUUUUUCAUCUCUUUCUGUAGCUAAUUUGGAAUCUAUAGUUUUGAUACUUCUUCAAUUUGGGCAAGGUUCUUUAAGUUCAGUUCUUGCUUUGUCAAUUAGACACUCCAUGGUUGAAAGAAUAUGCCUUUUCUUUUCUUCUAUUUGUUUUUUUUUUCCCUUAAGACAUACAUAGUGUAGUCAACCAGACUGAAUCAACUUUUUCUUUUUUUGUGGCAACUGAUGGAUUUGAAUUAAAGACUGGUGAUAUUUGACAUGAUCAAAAACCUUUGUUAAUUAGAAACAAUGGAAAACUUUGCCGAUCCUCUCCGAAAUUCAUUAUAGAUGCUUUUCUAAUUCAUAAUUGAUAGACGUUGCUGCAUUACUGAUAUUUUAUAUAGUAUCAUGGUUUGUUGAACUUAUAAUUAUUGUGGCUUAAUGAAAAGGUUGUUUGUGGCUGGGUAGCUAUAUUAGUCGCAAUAGUUCUUUAUUAGUAAACUCUAUGGCCUCGUUGUUUUGUUAAUUGACUCCCUGCUUCAAGCUCGCCCCCCAAUUCACACACGCUCGUUAUUCUCAUUUCCUCUUCGUGCCCAUCUUUUUAGGACAGGACAAAGAUUUUGCGCCGAGAAGGUUUUUAGAACUUUUGGCUGAGCUCGAGCUCAGUGGAACUCUAGUGUGUAUAGUGCCCGGUGGAGGACCUGUGGACUGUCUUGGAGGUAUGAUUUUUUGUCACCACGGAACAAACAAGCAAGUGGGAGAUAGUAGAUGACUAUCGUAUAGUCGGAUGUUUGUUGUUUAGAGAAAGGUACACAAUUGUGUAGGUUUUACUAAGCGAUCGUCUAGCAAAUAUUAAACGAGAUCGUUUAGGUUUGCUCGGCGCGCUAAGCGAUCAUUUAGAAAAGGUGAGCGAUCGUUUUGGAAUCGCGUGCGUGGUUGUGCGAUCGUUUAGGAUGAUGGACGCUAUCGGAUAGGCUCGUCUCAACGUUAAGCGAUCGUGAAGUUUUUACACCAUGAGCGAAUUUUCGAAAGGUAUGAAAGCAAAAAAAGUACCAUGUUUGUAGCCCUCGUGGUCGUCCUGUCUCUUGCUUUCUUUUGAGCCACUAUAAUUUUUUGCCUUUCAGUAUAAUUACAAAAGGGAAGGGGGGGCCUCUUGUUGCCGAUUCCAUAAAUUAAAUGUGUGACAAUUGAAAGGUAAUCUAUUUCCUUCCCACAUCUCAAAAUCUAAGCUUACAUAUGCUAAUUUGUUGUCUGACCUUUCUCUUUUGAAACCAAAUUAGAAAUCAAUGUUGCUGGUCAAAGGUCAAAUCGUUCUUAAUGUAGAAUUGGAAGUGAGACAAAGCUAGUGUAGAUCAUCAUCAUUUUUGUAUACAUUGGACUAACUAGCUGUAAAAGGUUCUGUAUUUGUCUUUUUCUAUUAAUCACUAAAUUUUGAAUUCUAAACUCUUUUUGUUUUAUGAUUUGGCAAUUAUAUGUCAUAGAAGAAGAUAUAUGGGGACAAUUUUAUGAAUUAUACUUCAUUUGAUAGUGUGUCAUUAACCUAGAACUCUAAUUUGGAUUGUCUUUUCUUAUUUUGAUAACAAGCUUGAUGUUGUAUACUUCUGGGAGACUUUGCUUUCAUGAGUGGAUUAUUUUGAACUUGUAAAUGGUACAUUACCUUAAUUUUCAUUAAAUUAGAAAAUUAUUGUUAGAUGAUGAAGAAGAAGAAGAAAAUAAACAUUACUUGAUUAUGCUUCAUAGGAAUUUUUCUCUAGGAGAGUUGUGGGUAGGAUAGUAAUUCAAUUGCAUAUGAGUUUUGCUUUUGUUGAUUAUGUUGCUUUAGAAUUUUGGGCUUGUUCUAUCAAAGAUGGUGCUUCCUAUACUACUUUGGGCACUCUCUUGACGCAAGUAAACAAUUAAAAUUUUUCAUUUUGUACUUUGUAGUAACAUGUGCAUUUGUGGUAUCUUUAGGUGUGAAAAUCUUCUCUCUAAUCUUGGACUUUAGGUUUUCAUUUAAUUGAUUGUAUAUGUUUUUUUUUCUUUGGCAAACUCGCAACGUGUCCUCCCCUUUUUCACCGCAGUUCAUUUUUUUCCUUCUUGAAACCCAGUUGUUGAAUUAAACAUCGAAGAUGGAACCACCAUCGAUCUAAAUAGGUAACUCCUUGAUAGUUCCCAUUUUUUGUUUCACUUAUGCAGGUCAUGGCAAGGGUGAUUCUCUCUACCAAGGUUUGUUGAUGUUCCUUUUUCUAGGAGGAUUGUUCUUGGUCGUGUUAGUUUUUUUCAUUACUA